AUUGUGUAAAGUUGAGAGAAAAGUCUUCACAGAGGAAGAAGAAAUCACUUUUUGUUCCGAAUCAGUGGGUGGAGGCCAAACCCUUUAGCAAGAAGAGAAGCAACUUCAGUCGUGUAUGCAAAUGGAUAACCAGUUGCCUCGCAAAAAAGUUCCAGGUUUCUGUUCCUUUCGCUAUGGAUUGUCUUUCCUUGUGCACUGUUGUAAUGUUAUAACAACAGCACAGCGCGCAUGCCUGAACCUCACAAUGGUAGUCAUGGUGAAUAGCACAGAUCCACAUGGUUUGCCCAACACCUCCACAAAGAAGCUCCUGGAUAAUAUAAAGAACCCUGUGUAUAACUGGAGCCCAGAUAUCCAGGGAAUCAUCUUGAGUUCCACCUUCUAUGGUUUCGUCAUCAUCCAAGUUCCUGUUGGAUACUUCUCUGGAAUAUACUCUACAAAGAAAAUGAUUGGCUUUGCAUUAUGCCUCAGCUCUGUGUUAAGCCUACUCAUCCCACCAGCAGCUGGAAUUGGAGUAGCUUGGGUCAUUGUAUGUCGAGCAGUUCAGGGAGCAGCCCAGGGGAUAGUUGGAACAGCCCAGUUUGAAAUAUAUGUCAAAUGGGCUCCUCCCCUGGAACGAGGCCGACUUACUUCUAUGAGUACAUCAGGGUUUUUGCUGGGACCCUUUAUUGUCCUACUUGUGACUGGAGUUAUCUGUGAAUCUCUGGGCUGGCCCAUGGUCUUCUAUAUUUUUGGUGCUUGUGGCUGUGCUCUAUGUCUUCUCUGGUUCAUUGUGUUUUAUGAUGACCCCAAGGACCACCCAUGUAUAAGCAUCAGUGAAAAGGAAUACAUCACAUCCUCCCUGGUCCAGCAGGUCAGUUCAAGUAGACAAUCUCUGCCUAUCAAGGCUAUGCUUAAAUCGCUUCCAGUCUGGGCUAUUUCCAUUGGUAGUUUUACUUUUUUCUGGUCACAUAUCAUCAUGACACUAUACACGCCACUGUUUAUCAACUCCACGCUUCGUGUUAAUAUAAAAGAGAAUGGGUUUCUGUCUUCCCUUCCCUAUUUGUUUGCUUGGAUCUGUGGUAACCUAGUAGGUCAGUUAUCAGACUUCUUCCUGACCAGGAAUAUUCUCAGCGUAAUUGCUGUCCGGAAACUCUUCACAGCAGCAGGAUUUCUCCUUCCUGCAAUCUUUGGUGUAUGCCUGCCUUACCUGAGUUCCAGCUUCUACGGCAUUGUCAUUUUCCUAAUACUUGUUAGUGCAACAGGCAGCUUUUGCUUGGGUGGAGUACUUAUAAAUGGCUUGGAUAUCGCUCCCAGAUAUUUUGGAUUUAUUAAAGCAUGUUCAACUUUAAGUGGAAUGCUAGGAGGACUAAUUGCUUCCACUUUGACUGGAUUGAUCCUUAGGCAGGUAAGAAACAUACAGACAUGUAGUUACUUUUCCAAUAUUAAUUGUAUAGAGAAAGAUUAUGCACAGGAAAGAUUGCAAAGAAGAUGCCAGAAGGAGAUGACUUAUGAGUUUUUGCAUCAUAUGAAAAUAAACUUGGUCAAAUCAGGCAUCUCUCCAAAUCUACAAAUAAUACAAUUUCUAUCUCAUUAUUUGUCAAUUAGAUACGUAGAGAACUCUUUAGUAAUUGGCCAUUGGUACAGAAGUGGACUUCUGUUAUUUUUAAUAAUGAAUAUGUGGAUUGAUCAGCACAGGUAUUUGACUGGCUGAGUGGUAAUAUAAGUAACAAGAUACAGUUUUCUCAAAGAAAGAAUGAAAAAUCACAAGUAAAUACAGUUAAAGAUUGACCAAAGUUUGACUAUGAAGGCAGACUUCUGUUUUUGCAAGUGUCAUGGACAAAGUUAGCUGAAAUUUUCCUGUUAAGGACACUUAAAAUGCCCUAUCAAAUUGUAACAGUUAUUUUAAAUGCAUGCCUCAUCUGCAAAAAAAGUAAAGCAAAAGAACACUUCAGAGAUUAAAAAUGAAAGAAUAGUUU